CAGGGUGACAAUGUUGACAUCAGACUGGACCGUUGUUUUACUAAUUGUUACUACAUGUAUCUAUGACUAUGGCACGCUUGGAUUUAAAUUUUAUCACGGAACAUGGAAUCAAGCAAUAGAAACAUGUAAAAUGCAGCUAUCAGUGAUAGAAAGUAAUGUUACUAUCUUAAAGCAGCACUUUGUAUUAAGUAACCGUAUGGAAGUUUGGCUUCCUGAGGCAAAGUUUAAGACUUCUUGGAUUCAAAAUUUAGGUAGCCAGGAUUUGACUUCGUAUUCGCACACAGAUGUGUACAAUACAGAAACAUUAGGAGCGUGCCAGCAUCAUUGUCAAAGUCAAGAAAUAUUAUUGUUUUCAUAUAAGAGUCCAGGAUGUAUAUGUCUAUCAGGAUUUAGAAACCCUCAAUACAGUAACAGUCCAGGUAUCGGCGGUAGUGUUGUAUUUCAAACUUUAACAUCGGUACACAUACUUGAUGAAAGUAAAGAGAACUGUGUGACAACAACGUGUUCUAAUAAUGGUGGACUAUACUAUAAAAGAGGACCUCUUAUUUCCGUUUCUUGCGACGCAAGCUACGAUAUUAAAAAUAUCUGUGUAAAUGGAAAAUAUUUUGAAAACUACAAAUCACAAACUGAUGCUGCCGAUAUUUGUAUUCAUCAAAUGAGUUAUUUACCUGGUACCAGUGACAGUGCGUGUAGUGAAAUAGGCCAAGUAACAGACGGAGGUUGGAAAACAGCACCAAUGUGGUCAUCAAUUUUUCGGAGAGAAUAUUCAAAAACAUUCUAUAAUGAAGAUGACCAGUUACUAGCAACACCUACUUCCUGUAAAUUCAGAAAUGUAAACGAUGACUCGAGGAGAAGUGGAGUUUACAGAGAUUGUAAUGAUAUUUUGACAUUUGCAUGUGAGCAAUCAGGCAGGUCCAAUAUGACAAAAGACGUUUUGCCGAAUUCUCAAAGUAAAGUCUCUGAAGCUACUACAGGCUUAGCUGUUGGAUUAGCAUUGGGAAUUUUUCUUAUCACCAUUUCUGUAGCUGCUUUCGUCAUUUUGAAAAGAAAAGGGAAGUGUAACCCAGUAAGUGUCAGCUCACCUAAAACAGGAUAUGAUGCAAGCAAUAUUCAAGUUAAUUCUGAACCGGAAAUAUUUCACGUCCGUGGUUUAAUUACCUAUGAUGAGUAUGCUGUAAUCAACAAAACUUCAAAAGUACAUAUUGAUACAAGUAACAGGAAUAUAGAUGGACUGUGUAUAACACCUUACACAGAGUAUGACAGACUUGCACAUGGAAGAAGUACAUAUAGCAGGCCAUUUCAAAAUACAUAUGAUACUGUCAAUGGUGAACAGGUGACAUCAAUGUAUCAUACAGCUUCUAGUAAACUCAGAAUAUCAGAUAAUCUUGAACAUUAUGAUCAUAUACCUACGAACUGUGAUAAUAUACCUACAUACUGUUAACAUACACGUACGAAAUGUUAUCAGUGAAAUGAAUCUCAGUGAUAUUAUAAUUAAUACUGAACAUUAUUAUUUUUUUUUUACAACUAAUGAAAUAAAAAAAUAUUCAAGCUGAAGCAUUAUUGUUCAGUCGUGAUUAUUGUAAAUGUAUUUCAAACACAUUCGGUCCCAAUAAUUAAGAUCGUUCAAUCCUUAAUGGGUGGAUUUAUAAAUAAAAUCGUAUACUACAAAAGCAUGAAUAAGGUUUUUAAAUUUGAUAUAUGCCUUUUUGUGCUUUGUUACUUCUUUGUUUGUUUUCAUAGUGAUUAAGAUUAUAACACAAUUUUGACUGUU